AUGGCUCCGGCGUCGUUUCCAGCCAGCCGUGAGCAUGAUAUCAUAAUCGCGAAGCGCAAGGCGUCUGAAGAGAGAAAUACUCCGUCAAACACCAAGAGGGUCAAGCUCUCUAGUGAUGGGGCUGUGAGUGAUCGGGCGCCAAAAGUACAUGCAGCCACGGUAAUCCCUUUCCUGGAGAAGCCUGCAGUGAUCGAAGAAAGAAAUGGUGAAAUUGAAUUCCGUGUUGUCAAUAACGAUGGGGAAAGAGAGAGUAAUAUCAUACUCUCAGGCCUCAAAUGUCUGUUCCAGAAGCAGCUGCCGAAAAUGCCUAAGGAAUACAUUGCACGUUUAGUAUAUGAUCGAACGCAUCUGUCUAUUGCCAUUAUCAAGAAGCCACUUGAAGUUAUUGCGGGAAUAUCUUACAGAGAGUUCCGUGCCCGCAAGUUUGCGGAAAUUGUUUUCUGUGCAGUGUCGUCUGAUCAGCAAGUAAAGGGAUACGGAGCGCAUCUCAUGGCUCAUUUGAAGGAUUAUGUCAGAGCUACAUCGCCAGUAAUGCAUUACCUAACCUAUGCCGAUAAUUACGCCACGGGGUACUUCCAGAAGCAGGGAUUUACUAAAGAGAUUACUCUCGAUAGGUCUCUCUGGAUGGGGUACAUCAAGGACUACGAGGGAGGAACAAUCAUGCAAUGCUCUAUGGUGCCUCGGAUCCGCUAUUUGGAAGUUGGUCGAAUGCUUCUCAAACAGAAAGAAGCGGUGCUUGCCAAAAUCCGGACUGUGAGUAAAAGUCACGUAGUUCAUCAACCGCCUGCUCAGUGGGCCAAUGGAAAUGCUACUCCAAUCGACCCAUUGUCUGUGUCUGCCAUCCGAGAAACAGGCUGGUCUCCAGACAUGGACGAACUAUCACGACAACCACGGCAUGGUCCUCGUUUUAACGAGCUACGGAGAUUUCUGGGUGAGCUUCAGAACCACAAACAAGCCUGGCCAUUCCUCAAUCCUGUCAACAAAGACGAAAUCCCUGAUUACUACAUUACCAUUACGACGCCAAUGGAUCUAUCGACUGUGGAAGAGAGACUACAUCAGGAUAGAUAUCAGACUCCAAGUGAUCUUGUCGCCGACCUCAAGUUAAUAUUCUCCAAUUGCCGGACUUACAACGACGAAACGACGGUAUAUACUAAAUGUGCGAUCAAGUUAGAGAAGUACAUGUGGACUCUUAUCAAGGAGAUCCCUGAGUGGUUUGGCUUGCUUGAGGAAUGA